CUUGUUUUAGAUUUGACAGCUGCCAUGUUCCACUUCCGGUCGUCGAGAAAAUAGAAAAUAUCUAAGAAGACCCUGCGAGUGAUUUUACAUCACGUCACUCGAAAACAACAUCAAAUAGAGUGCCACAACACCAACCGCAAUCGCACUAAGCCCCGUCAAGAAACAGCAGCCAAAAGACGCAAGCAAAGAUAAACACAGUUGCUGUCUAAAGCACUGAAAGAGCCGAAAAACUUUGCCGCAACAAGAGCAACUUCAAUUUUCUUCUUUAUUUUUGGAAGCGCGUGUGCUUUUGUGUGCGUGUGAACAUCGAACACAGCAAAAAAAAAAAUAUUAAAAAAAAUGGCAGAUUCGGAAAAGCAGCAGCAGCAGCUGCCAAUUGAACAGCAGCCGCUUGCCCAGGAAGAACAACAGGAUGAUGGGCAGCAAGCGCAGAAACCCGCGCCGCCACCAAAGGAAAUAAUUGCCACCAAAGUUACCGGCACUGUGAAAUGGUUCAAUGUGAAAAGCGGCUACGGCUUUAUCAAUCGCAACGACACCAAAGAGGAUGUCUUUGUGCACCAGAGCGCUAUAGCCCGGAACAAUCCAAAGAAGGCGGUGCGCUCGGUGGGCGAUGGAGAGGUCGUUGAGUUUGAUGUGGUCAUUGGGGAGAAGGGCAACGAAGCGGCCAAUGUGACCGGGCCAUCGGGUGAACCGGUUCGGGGCAGUCAGUUUGCCGCUGACAAGCGUCGCAAUUUCCGCCCAUGGAUGAAGAAGAAUCGUCGCAAGGGGGGUGAGGGCGAAAAUGAUGAUGGAGAAUUGUCGACGUCUGGACAGCAGCAACAACAACAGCAACAACAACCUCACGAUGGCCAGCAAUUGCAGGGAUCGCGUCAGCCACGACAAAGCUAUCGUCGUGGACCGGGAGGCGGCGGUCCAGGGGGACCACCCGGAGGAUCGCGUGGCCCACGUGGCGGCGGCCCACCAGGUGGACCACGUCGUUUCAACAACUACUAUCCACGACAGCCACGUCGCGUGCUGGGCGGUGGUGAUGGCAGCAGCGCCGAGGCCGGAGUCCAUGAUCAGAACGCUGACGGUGGACAGCGGGGCGGCGAUGGUGGACCACCACGUCGUGGCGGCGGCGGUGGCGUUGGUGGGCCACAGCGACGAUUCUUCCAACGCAACUACAAUAAUGGGCCGCCACGUCGCGAUGGUGGAGAGUAUAUUCAGGGCCAAGGACCGCCGCGUCAGCAGCGACGUCCACGUCGCCAGAACCGGAAGCCAAAUGGACCCGGAGGUGGUCUGGAGCAGCAGCCACAGCAGAACGGCGGUCAAGAGGUGCAGAAUACAACAACAGAAAGCACUGCAUAAACAGCAGCAGCCAACAACAACAGCAAUUUCAGCUUCAACAACAAUUAUUUAACAUCAAUGCAAUUUCGUAAAUGGGGCGCAAUAUUUAUAGGGCAGGCAACAGCAAAACGAAGCCUAAAACUGUUGAAAACAAAAAAAACAACAAAUUUUAAAUUCAAUGGCAAGUAAUUUUAUAAAAUGAAUGAACAAAUUUAUGUACAUGGCAACUUUGCAUAAAUUUUAUUUGUAUUAUAUGAAAAUAAUAAUAAACUAUUAUUAUGUCUUAACCGCG